CCCACACGAAGAAGGGGCACUCCUGCGUUUCAGCUCCUGACAAGCAAAUAGAACUAAGGAGCAAGCAAUGAGGGCACGAGGCACAAUACAACAUGACAAUCAGGGUCAGCCUGCACACGUCCGUGUCGCCGCCAGGCCAGGCGAAUGCGAGCUUGGAUCAUCUACACAUUCGACGCUUCUGCCACGUUUGACCCUUUCUGCGAUACUCCAGACACAUGCCAGCCUCGAACCGCAGACAAUAUGAGACGGACGAACAUGCGCACAUUGAUGAUUCUGCAAGCGCUCGGAAUGCAAUGGGAGAGGCCGAGCCCGAGCCACUCGAUACCGCUUUGAAUCGCAGGCUCGUCGCAGUGAUCAGCAGCGUGGAUGCCAUGUUGGACGCCACUGCUGCGUGGCAAGAGUCAAAUUGGAAGCUCGCGACUCUCACAGAUGACCAGGUGGAGCAGGUGGUCGAGCCUGCGAGAAAGAUGUUUACACGGUUGGAUGCAAUGCACAUCGAGGACCUGAAGGCUGCAGUGAUGGAAGCUAUGACAAAGGGUGCGCUGAUAUCGAGCGAUGCAUUGCGCUCAGCACAUCUCAUCUUGAUGCUCCUGCCUCGUUAUGGACGGUUGUAUAAACAGCUCGAAUUCUUCCUCGCCCAAAGCGCGGUCUAUCGUCUGCUGCAGGAGUGGCACGAUACGUACCAGAAGCUGCUCCGUUUUGAGGCGGAGAAGGACGAUGCAAAGUUCCUAUAUGAGACCACCAAUCUUGCAACAAUCAUGGACGAGGCAGUGUAUGUGUCUUGGGAAGAGAUACCGGAGCUCUACCUGCAACAAACGGACGUGAUGGAGCUGAAGGCAAAGCAGAUGGAAGAAGCUACGCUGGAAGAGGCUGAUGCUGGAAACGAGGGGAGCUCUGAAGACCAAGCGGCACAAGAAGCCUUGUCUGACAGGGGUAUUCCGACAUGGCUCAAUCGUCUGACUGAAAGUGCGCAGUCAGAUCCAAUACCGAAGAGUCCUCCGCCAGUGCUGGAUACUAUUCUGCUGCCAGAGUCAUGGAGCGAGCUCCUUGUGGCUAGCCCAACAUUUGCACACAAGCCAGUCCGCGCCGGCACUCGUUCAAGGAUCUACGUUGGCUCUGAUACGCUUGAAUCGUGCCCAGAGAUUGAUGAGGAUGACAGCUUUGAUAUUGGUUCCUUACAGGCUUUCUCAGAGAGCAGGACUCAAUGGCAGGCUUAUCCCAAAAGCCUUGGAUCCGAGGCUGUCUUGAGUGAUCUCUCUCUUUCUUUGGAGGCCGACCCGAGUAUCCGUCAGCCAUCCAAAGUCGAGCCAGCGCCAACUCUCAGCAUUGAUGACCAGGUGCAGCAGGUUGUGGACAACGUUCUACAAGGUUCUAAUCAAGUCUUGCGGAAGUCUACACGCGAACUGAUGCAAAAUGAUGGUUCGACAGCAAAUCAUGCCAAAACUCACGGCUGGUAUAACAUCUCAAAGCAUGAUGGUUCCUGCAAAGACAUCUACUGCCGCAUUGUUGGCUCUCGCGUCAUGGCUCGUGUCGGUGGAGGAUGGCAGGAUCUUGCAUCCUUCUUGGCUCACUGGUCUAGCAAUCACGCGUCAGUUCCAAUUCGCAGCAUCACACCGUUGCCUCAAUCUAUGCCUACUCGGAGCAGGUCACCUUUAGCUUUCGGCUCUUCCACGACACCAGCGCAACUACUUCAACAGACUCCACGGCGGACGGCAAAGUACAGGGAGCUUGACGGCAACUCCAGUGGUGCUCAUCCGCUGAUCUCGCGACAUCGCAAUUUUGCCAUUCAGGAGACAUCUUUGCCGCGUGUCCGUGCGAGUAGCGACAGCUUGUCAACAGCCCCUUUGUCUGUUCGUAAAGCGCUCGCAUCAAAUCCCUCUGAACACGUAGGUCUACGUGCGCCAGAGGACCAUAAGCCUCUGCGGUACAUGAGGAGUACAGGUCAGCUCUGAGGCCCAAUCGACCUUCACUAGUUAGGCAUGAUGCAAUUUUCCGCACAGCUGGGUCUGUCUGUCGGUUCUUCACGGCGGCGCCUGAUGCUCUGUUCCUCAUUCUCUUUGUCGAAUGCUGCUAGUGCUGCGAAGCCUGCGAUGGUAUUCUUUGUCAGGGGCUAGUUGAACUCGCGCAAAAC